AUGGUGAAGAAACAUUUCUACGAUGGACUAGUGCAGCUCGCCAUUCUGUUCAGUUUGCUUGGGACGGACAUAAACUCUUAUCUGAACAGCCAAGACCAACAGAACCAAGGAAUCAGUCUCACCGAGAUCAUCCAGGGACAAAACCUUGCUCUGACUCAAUCCCCGAGUCCGUUCAACCCGAAUUUGUUGACCGGUUACCUGAAUUUAAAAUCGGCACACCAUGAUCGGUAUGAGAGGGAGCGAGAGAUUCUCCAAGAGCUGCACCAGCUCAAGCCCAGCUCCAAGGCUUUCCCGUUGGACAUUACGGCCCUUUUGUUAGAAGGAGGACUGCAGACGGAGGAAGGGACACAUGCAACAGCUGAAGAACCGACUUCCCAAGGAGCAGAACCAAACCUAGGACAUCCCGCGAAUGACGAAGUUGAAGGAGCCACAGGUCCCUCCCCAGUUGGGGACCUUACAAAAGAGGACAUGGACCUUAUCAAGGUGUUGUGGCAGCAGGACAUUGACCUGGGUGCCGGGCUGGAAGUGUUCGAUGCAGGGCUACGCCAGCAGGAGCUGGAGAAACAACGGGCCCUGGAGAAGGAGAAGGAAGAGUGCAGCAAGGCACAGGAGUGGCAGGAAGGAGUGGACUACUUUGUGGACUCUGAGACAGGAGAACACAUCCCUCUGCCACCCAGACAGCCUGAGAUGGCACCGCAACAGCCAUCCACUGAUCCUAUAAUGACGAUGGACCAGUGCAUGCAGUACCUACAGAAUAUGAUGCCGGUACCAGAGUCAGAACAACCACAGGUUCCAAGUCCUCCAGCUACGGUCCCAGAUUUGGACCAGACGUUGCAGGAUUUAGCCAGUAUUGAGGAACUGGGGUUGGGUCUGCCACAACAGUACAGCUACAGCCACAACACACAAGACACAGUAAGCCAGCCCAGCCCAGUGUCCAACAUCAACACCAACGUCAGCCUGGUGAACGCCAUCAACGCCACGCUGGACGACGGCCUGCUUCCUGCGGCCGAUCUGCCCGGUGAUGACCACAACCUGAGCCAGAUGCCCAUCAUGGACAACUUUGAUCUCAACAUGACACAGCUUCUCCUGAACACGGACCCGUCCGAGUUUGACCAGCUGCUGUCCGGAGGGAUGCUGGACGACGGCAGCCUGAUGGACGUGGACUUCAACAUCAGCGAGGCCGGGAGCGACUCCGGGCUCUCGCUUCAUGACAACGAAACGUCCUCCAUGUCGGAGCACGAGUCCAGCUCGGCCUACGACAUGAGCUCCAACUGUGACGGCGGCAGCGAGUGUGACAUGGACAUGCUGGGUGCCACCGGCGUGUCUCGGACGGAGGUCCCUGGGGUCCAGUUCGAGGAGAGCGAUGCAGAGGAAGGCGCCGUCGGUUACCAGCCUGUCUUCAAGUCGUGCGGGAUGGAAGCCAUCGGGAACCACAGCUACUCAGGGAACCAGCCCGGUGACCAACCGUCCUUCCAGGCCUCCAAGGAGCACGUCAACCACAACCACACCUACCCGCUCCCGCCCGGCUCCGAGAAGCAGCACAUGCGCCGGGGCGGCUCGUCACGCCGAAACGGCACCCCUCCGCGAGGCUCGGACAACAACGGCAAGGGCGGGAGGAGGAGGUCGAAAGACGAGCGCCGGGCCAAGCAGCUGAAGGUUCCCUUUUCCAUCGACAGGAUCAUCUUUACUCCCGUUGAUGACUUCAACGACAUGCUGACCCAACAUCCGCUGACUGACGCACAGCUCCAACUCAUCCGAGACAUCCGCCGCCGGGGCAAAAAUAAGAUAGCAGCGCAGAACUGCAGAAAAAGGAAGAUUGACACCAUCUACACCCUAGACGACGAUGUCAAACAACUGAUGGAAGACAAAGAACGGCUGAUCAAAGAACGGGGCAUGAUCGACAAGAACCUGCGCACCAUGCGGGAAAAGUUCGACAAGCUCUACGAGGAGGUGUUCCGCUCGCUGCGCGACGACAACGGGCAGCCCUACUCUCCCGACGAAUUCUCCCUCCAGCAGACAAGCGAUGGGAACGUGUUCCUGGUUCCAACCAACUCUACCGUGUCCUCGACUGCAACACGCACAAACCCAAAGGGGAAGAAGAGAAAAGGGUCAAAGAACAGCAAGUAGAUAAGUGUGUAACGCGUAAGCACACGAGUGCUGUCUCAACUUAAGGCUAAAUCUUAAGUGUCUUGUAACGAGUUUGAAAAGUUACCUUGUUGUAACUAAGAAAGUGACCAGUAAGAUUGGAAGAAGGUUAUAGUGUGAACGAAUUACAACAAUGUAGCAUCGCCUGGAUGUUAGCUAGCAGGGAUACAGAGCAGUCCAGUUCUAGCCUUGUGCAAUACCUAAAUAUGCUGAAGGCAAAGUUGAAAAAAUGUCUUUGGGCAGUUACUUCUGAAUCCACAAUUAGUUUUUUUAAUUUGAUAUUUCUUUAAAAAAAACUAGUUCUUCAAGGCAGGUUUGAAGAAAUUGAAGUUUUUGCUGUUCAAUAUUGUGCUUCAGUUUUCUGUUUGAAGUUAUGUUCUACAGACGGGGUCAAUAGAAAAAUGUGCAGAAAGAGUGAGCAGCAAUGUAAAUGUGCUUUGUCACUAGUGUUUCAAAGAAAAAAGGUAUCUGGCAUAUCUUGCGUUUCAGUGCUCCCUUCUACAAUGCUGUAAAUACUUCUUGUAAAAAAUUUUCUACGCAGUUAACAAACGUAAAUGUUCUGAUGAUAGUGGAGCUUGCAAGAAUCGAGCUAGUGAGGAAGACCACGCUUUCCUCUUAAAGGUGACCAUUCUUUCCAAAACAACUUGUAAAUAUCCCAAUGAAGGCGUCCAGAGGACAUAGAAGUAGCUUUAUACUUCAACAUUUGUAAAUAGAUAUGUUGCUCCAAAAUGCAUAAAGAAAAAAAGAGAAAAUAUCCUUGUUUUUUUUUAAGUUAGUCAUUAUUAUAGACUAAGUUUUCUUUUUCAUGUAAGCCACAAAGCUACAGUAAUUGCAUCUGGAGAAAAACAAAUGUAUAUAAAAGCAAGGGUUGGAUGAAUAAAGAUAUGUUUAUUACUAAA